AUGACGUCGACCUUGUCCAUGGAGGGGUGCAGCUCCUACGAACAGCCAGCCUGGGCGUUCCGCCCCAUCUCUGCGGCGAACAGAAGCGGCAACGGGAGCAAUGAGAGCCCAGGGAUAAGGACGACGCCCGUCAUACACAUCCAGCAGGUCUACUUCGGAUCAGAGGAUGGCUCGAUCUACGCCCUGCACAUACAGAAUGGCACUGUUGUUUGGCAGUUCCAAACUGGCGGGCCGGUGCGAUGCUCACCACUCGUAUGUGAUAACAAUGUGAACUUCGGCUCCGACGACGGCAAGUUCUACGCUGUUGAGGCGAGAAGUGGCAGGGCGACGUGGAUCUUCGAUGCUGGCUCUCCCAUUCGCACGACACCCAUCUACAACAGCUUGCUCGAAUACAUCUACUUUGCCGCCAACAAUGGCACGCUGUAUGCCCUGAAGACGUGGGAUGGCGAUAAGAUGUGGGACGUCACAGCUGAUGGUGCGAUCGAGUCCUCGCCAGUGAUGAACAACCAGCAGAUCUACUUCGGUUCCGACGAUGGGAUGCUAUAUGCUGUGUCGGCAGUUGACGGUGUCCGAAUCUGGCGCUUCAACGCCUUCUCACCGAUCCGUUCCAGACCGGCGGUGAACUUCGACAUCGUCUUCACAGCGUGUGACGCGGGCAUCGUCUAUGGCCUCGACGAAGUCACCGGAAGCAAGAUCUGGGAGUUUGUCGCCUCGGGUCCGAUUCGGUACGCGUUGGGCUAUCACCGCGGCUUCGUGUAUUUUGGGAACGACGCCGGAAACUUCUACGCUGUCAAGGACAAGACUGGCCAUGAGAUAUUCAGCUACCAGGCUGGCGGCCGAAUCCGCGCCUCCACCCCUCCAGCGAUAAACUCUGGGAACGUGAUGUUUGGCUCUGACAAUGGAAAAGUUGUCGCCAUCUCCGACCUGAACGGUUCCCUUGCCUGGGAGAUCUCGAGCGGCUUCCCGGUACUAGCUUCGCCUCUGUGGUAUGCCAAUGUCAUCUACUUCGGCUCAGACCGCAUGUAUGCCGUCAAGGCCGAUGGCACGCAGGACGCAAUCGCCCUGUAG